UUUAUGAAAUGUGAUGCAGUAUUAGUUGAUAUUGAAGGGCAGCGUGUUUGGAAAUGUCCUACAUCAGUAAUAACCUUGUUUAAAAAGGACAGUGUUUGUUUGGACUCGCGUGGUGUGUGUGUGUGUGUGUGUGUGUGUGCAUGCGUGCGUAAAUGAGGCGGGCACGCCCAAACCAUGCUGUUUAAUGACGCCCUUUCGUUGCUUCUUGUUUAUAGUCUGUGCGUCCUGUGAAAAUCGGAGGACAUGAGACAGUAAAAAGUACCCGGCGGAGGCGCGCCGUGGGCGGGUGGAAGGCCUGUUUAUAAACCCACAUCUCUCUUCGUGGGCGGGAACAGCAACAGUAGGGAGUGAAAGUAAAGCGCAAGGAGAGAGAGAGGAAGACGGCGGAGGAGAAGAGGCUGUGGCGGCUGCUGUGGUUGACCGGGGUUCGCGGAGGGGCCGCGGCGGCCGCCCCUGUAUGCGUCUGCAGCCGCGCAUGGACGACCACCUCAGCCUCCUGCAAUCACCCCCGCCGAGCGCCACCAAAACCCGGGGCGACAACCUGGUGAACCACGGAUACACGGAGACAGAGGCGGACGUGAUGACUGUCGUGGCGUGUGACAACAUGCUGGAAGAAUCGGCGGCUCUGCCGGGCCACCACUCUCUGGACCGAUACGAACCGGACCACGAAUGUUGCGAGCGGGUGGUCAUCAACAUUUCAGGUUUACGCUUCGAGACGCAGCUGAAGACUCUCUCCCAGUUUCCAGAGACGCUGCUGGGAGACCCCAAAAAGAGGAUGAGGUACUUUGACCCCCUUAGAAAUGAGUACUUUUUUGAUCGGAACCGACCCAGCUUUGACGCCAUCCUCUACUACUACCAGUCCGGUGGGCGCAUCAGAAGACCUGUGAAUGUGCCCAUUGACAUUUUCUCCGAGGAGAUCCGCUUCUAUGAGCUGGGUGAGGAGGCGAUGGAGAAGUUCAGGGAGGACGAAGGCUUCAUCAAGGAGGAGGAGCGGCCGCUGCCCGAGAAUGAAUUUCAAAGACAGGUUUGGCUGCUGUUUGAAUACCCGGAGAGCUCGGGACCCGCCCGGGGAAUCGCAAUAGUGUCUGUUCUGGUCAUCCUCAUCUCCAUUGUCAUCUUCUGCUUAGAGACUUUGCCGGAGUUCAGGGACGAAAACAGGGAUCCGAUCACCGUCGAGCCCGUGAUUAACGGCACACUCCCGUAUUUCAUCAGCCCCUUCUCUGACCCCUUCUUUGUUGUAGAGACGUUGUGCAUCAUCUGGUUCUCCUUCGAGCUUCUCGUGCGCUUUUUCGCGUGCCCGAGCAAAGCCACGUUCUCCCAAAACAUCAUGAACAUCAUAGACAUUGUGGCCAUCAUUCCCUAUUUCAUCACCCUGGGCACGGAGCUGGCAGAGCGGCAGGGCAACGGGCAGCAGGCCAUGUCAUUGGCCAUCCUGCGCGUAAUCAGGCUCGUUAGGGUGUUUCGCAUUUUCAAACUCUCACGCCACUCCAAGGGGCUUCAGAUUUUGGGACAGACCCUCAAGGCCAGUAUGCGUGAAUUGGGUCUGCUCAUAUUCUUCUUGUUCAUCGGUGUCAUUCUCUUCUCCAGUGCUGUUUAUUUCGCUGAGGCAGAUGACCCAGAGUCCGGUUUCAACAGCAUCCCAGACGCGUUCUGGUGGGCUGUGGUCACCAUGACCACUGUGGGUUAUGGGGACAUGCACCCGGUGACAAUCGGAGGAAAGAUUGUUGGGUCUUUGUGCGCAAUAGCCGGUGUCCUGACCAUUGCUUUGCCCGUGCCUGUCAUUGUCUCCAACUUCAAUUACUUCUACCACCGAGAGACUGAUGGCGAGGAGCAGGCUCAGUACCUGCACGUGGGCAGCUGCCAGCCUCUCGCGGACACGGAGGACCUGAUGAAGACGCGCUCCUCUUCCUCACUCAGCAAAAGCGAGUACAUGGUGAUAGAGGAGCACGGCAUCAACAGCGCGUUCAAGCAGCAGCAGCAGCAGCCAAACUUCCCCACCAACACCAGCGCCGCGCAGAACAACACGCAGAACUGUGUCAAUAUUAACAAAAAGAUUUUCACCGAGGUGUAGCCAGUUUUAGAGUCACGAGGGGCCUGAUGUGUCAACACACAGCUGUGUGUGCGUGCGUGCGUGAGUGUGUGGACGUAGAUGAGAUGAAGAAAGGAAUAGACAGAGCAAAGGUGCUUCAUGCUCCAUGUCAUUCAUUUAUUUCAGUGAUCAGAAGUCAUAAACAUGUUCUGGUUCCAUUCGCACUUGGAGAGGAAAUGCUCCUGAAAGUUUUUAGGCCAAAUAUUCCUCCCCUGCUGAGGAGGGAACUUCACCUGUUGGGCGUUUAUUGUGCAGUGUUAUCAUCCCAACAGGUGUAAAGACAUAGACGCUUUGUUAUGUGACAAAUGUAGAGACACUCACGUUGUAUUAACAUGCGUUAUCAGUCGUGAUUCAUCAGUCCAGUCAUAGCCUAUGUACAAUAAAAAACAGUAAUCAUUUUUAAAUAUGUGUCUGUGUGUUUAAACACAUAUGUAAUGUCAGACUAUAUAAUCAAUAGAGCGUUCUAUAUAUGCCUUUAUUGUGCGUUUAAGUCUCUAGUCCAGAUUCUGCUGUAUUUAAAAACAAAAGUAACCCUUAUAUCACCCUGAAAGUCAGCUGACCUUAUUUAAUGGCGCCAUGUAAACAACAGAAAGGGGGGGGGGGCAGCCAGUGUUUCAUCUGUCUGUCUGUGUGCGUGUGUGAAAGAGAGAGCGAGAGAGAGAGAGAGAGGGGGGAAGAAAGAGAUCAAAGAUGGAGCACACCUCUCUUUGGAUGCCUCAAAUAUAGACCGCUGUGAUGCAGUCUCCAUGGCGACGGUCGUUGCCUCGGUAACCCCCCCAGUCAUGUUACCAUGGCGCCUCUUGUUUCCACAGUAACCUCCCAGAUGGCACUGAUGGUGCGUAUUUAGUCUCCAAAAAGACGGUGGUGGAAUUAUGUUUUGAUGGAGUAAAAACCAAAAAAUAUGAAAGAAAAACCGCCUCACGCACCCAGCAGACGCCACUGUCACUGAUCUGCGAGCUCGCUCUAUGACGUCAUCAUAACAAACAAAAACAAAUUAGAGUGAAGUGGUUAGUGGUUACAAAUUGACUUCAUGGACUUCCACCCAAAAGAGAAAGUUGGUGGGAAAGCACAGCGCAACAAACAGGGAGCCAGCGUGUGAGGAAUUAUGAAUGGACUUGGACCACGUGUGCGUCUGGAUGACCUAAAUGCGCUACCGCGGGUACUCACCAGAGGCCGCUGUUCUCCCACUGAUGAAACGGGUGAAAGUUGUUCCUUCAUUCUGCCCAGAGCUCCUGGACACCCUGACAACCCCAAUUCCAUGACCCCUCCCAUUUAUAGGGGCUCAGUGACUCUGGUCUUCCUGUCGGCCUGAAAGUUGAGCUGAGAUAAAACUCCCUCUGCCCACAUUCUCCUCAUCUUCCUUAAACUUCAAACAAGUGGUACAAACUGUUUUUGCCCUCCUUCCCCAGUGGACGGCACUUCAAUCCAGAUUGGAAGAAAAAUGCACAAUAUAUAUAUAUAUAUAUAUAUAAAAAUACAUAUAUAUGUAUAUAAAAGAAGUAUGUGUAACAUAUUCCACUUAUAGUUUUGUGGCUGCAAUUUACGACUGAUUGUAAUCUUUAGUUACAUACUGUUGUAAUCAUGAUAGAAUCCAAUAUUGGGAGAACUGUGUGUUGCAGACAUUUCCUCGUACGACUUUAAAAUUCAAACUAUGAUGGGGCCUCAGGAAACAUGUUUUGCAAAGUACAUUUAAAUCCUGAACUUAGCAGAAUUUCUACAUGCUGUUACUCAAGUGUCUGGCAAAUAAUGGACAGUAAUUGUAGUGUAGUUACAGUAAUUGCCUCGAGUCAAAAGUCAUAAAGAAAGAAAGAAACUGAAGCCAACCAUGAUUUGCUGAUACAAAACUGUGACACAAAUCAAAGACUGUUAGCCAUAUGCCUUUGUUAGCUCUGUGUGCUAUGUGAAACACACACACACACACAGACACACACACACACACACAUAAGCGCGCUGGUUGCUGCUAUUCCCCUGACCUACACACGGAGAACUAAACCAAGGGUACACACACACAGACACACAAACAACAAACGUCACUGGAUGGCUCGCUUUUAUCCCAGAGUGCACUGGUGUUUUUUUGGGAUGGGGCUGAUUGUUGUCAGGGGAAGACUGUGUGUGCCAGUAUUUGUUGUAUGUUGAUUUGUGCUGUCUUUAACAUGACCCAUAUAAACAGAUUAUUACAA